AUGGCGGAGGGAAUUCGGAUCCAAUGUCAAAGAUCGGCCGACGCAAAUACCGCAAGAGUAGCAAUGGCGCAUGACCCAGCUUCGCGCGUUCUUGAGGAGUACUACGACGACUCUACUCUGCAGCUUGGCGUCUCUGCCAUUGCCCUUGGUGAGACUGCGGUCAAUCUCGUGGACCAAUCGUGGGCAAUCUUAUACAAGUUCAGAUAUACGCUCAAUGCCCUUGAGACAGAGAAGCUGCUAACCCAAGCGGUUCAAGAUGACCCAGACUUCCAAACAGCAGCAACAGCAAGAGACAUAAAAAGAUGCGCCAAAAGUACUCGCUUCCCGGCUAGAGCAGCACUAAGGGAUCAUUGUCGAGAAGAGCACCAGAAAAAUGUCACUGUCUCAGAGUUACGGGGAAGAGUUGCUCAGCUAAAGACCUCAGGCAAGGUCUUUCAAGAGCUGCAAGAAAAGAUCUGUCUGAAUACAGAAGCUGUAGAUGAAACCGUCGACGUUGAGCAGCCAGAUCUCGACGUUGGAAAAGUACUAGGUCUUCAAUUUACAGACGAAGUCGAUUAA